UCGUUUGGGUAUUUGUCGGGUUACUCUACUCCCUCCGUAAGGUUCACGUAGGUGUAUCACAGCUCAGUGUGAGUUUUGUGCGGCGAUGGGGACGAGCUGAUGGCGCACAGACGUAUUUUUCAUGGUGGUAGUGCCUAUCUUACACUCAGCACGCCGGCUGCCAAGCGUCAGUGACUUCGCGUCCGCCGGUCCGAUCGGAUCUGAACGUCCGAAAAUUGUACUGGGGAUUUACUGGAUACUGUGCUUAACUCGUCGGGAGUAAUAGAAUGCAGUUAUCAAAAAACGGAAAACCAUCAGUGACAAUUAACCGAAAAAAUGAGGUGCGGUGAUAACCGGCUGAAUCGGUUAAAAAUUACGGGUCCAGCAUUGGUGUAGAGUGCAGAAGUAGCAGUAAAUCAUAAACGCCACAGGGAAUCGCGUGGAAGGAGAUAAGUGCCCUAGCGUGCUUGUGCAUUUGCCAAUCGCAAGGGCACCAAGUGUUCCCUCCCCCUCACCGGGGGGGUUGUGUGACGUGUCCAGUUAAAUCGAUCGAAUGGCGUGGCUAUCACCUGCCGAUAAAUUCCGUAUCAGCGACAAAAUUUUAAUCAUUUACCGUCCCCUGUCACGGGGUCACAACCACGUGAGACAGUACAGGUGCGACUGAUUCAUCGAUUGACACAGCAAAUUCGCGGUGAAUGACGCACCGUGAGUGACGGUGAAUGCCGAUUGCGAUUAUUAAGGAUAUUACAACCGGUUUCGUUCUCCCCGAUCGGUGAGUGACUGGGGAGGGGAAACUUUUUUUUGUAAAAUCGGGGGUAAAUCACGUGAAAUUCGCGUGGUACAGUAUUAAAAUUCACGCGUGCAUGACCGAUUUCUCAUUGCGAAUCGGUACGUUCCUCCAGUGGGACCCACCACCCAGUCCACCCGGUGUACCUGCGGAAAAUUGCGACUGAGUAAAUGAUAAGGAGGGCAACAGGGGCGGAUAAUUGCAGUUCUCCGUUGUGCGCAACGAUCUCUCCUCGCUGCGUUCCGUUGCUCCCGCGGCAACCGAUUCCGAUCAGCGAGUGAGAAGUUUGCGUUUGUUCUGCUCCCGAAGGUUUUCCACCGUAAAUUUGUGGGCGCGAGAGAGACACAAGGGGAAACAGGGUGGGGAGUGAAUAAUCCAGACGAAAGGAAACUCAAUUUCCCCAAGAAAUCGAUAAUAACUGACAAUUGAAACCAUAGAAACAAUUCAGAAAAAUUCUAAUUGAAAAAUGGAGAACAGCCGAAGAAAGUGAUUUGAAAACAGCAAUUUUAUCCACUCGACUAGCCACCACUGGUGAAUAUCUAUCAGUCGUGUGGAGGGGUAGAAAAAAAAAAUCUAGGAGUAAAUUGGACCUGUUGUUUCACAGAUGAUUUGACUCUUCCGUCAGCCGUGACAACGAGUCCACCAACUCCUGGCAUUUUUUAAUCCUCAAUUGUUCCUUCGUCGCUGUGCAUUGAUAUAAAGAAGGGAAAAAAGUGACAGUGACGGUGCAGCACAUCUUCACCUUUCUCCCGUGACUCGACCAGUGAGUGUGACAUAAUUGAAGAAAGUGUAACCGGAAUUUAAACUCGUUAUUAUCAACCGGUAAUUCAAGCAGCUUCACCUUCCGCUUGAUUAUUAUUUCGUGUGUCGUUUUGUCAGAGGACAUUGACAAGUGAUUAACAGGGCUGUGAUACAUAUUAUAUAAAUUGUUCGAUUAAAAAAAUCAAUUCCAACCAGUGAAAAAUGUCGUCGAACGGUGAAUUUUCGUCAAUGUCAAGUGGGGAAAUUCCAUCGUUACCAAAAUCUCUACCGAGUUCGCGUGAAGCAACUGCCGAGGCCAAUUCAAGUUCAUCAGGUGGUUUUAUGCCACUGCGUGAGUUUCUCGAUAGAUUCUCAUUACCGAGAGUCGUGAGACUCGAGGGCACCGGUGGCAGACCAGUAUUACUCUACAAACAACAGCAGCGAUCGUUACGUGUCACUGCAACAUUGCUAAUUCAUCGUUAUCGGCAUGACGUUAAAAUCGGACCGGAAAUAGUCAUUCCCGAGGGAUAUCCUGGAUGGUUUUCAGUGGUGUCAGGUAACAACGCAAUGGGCAGCGCACGGGUGUAUCGUCGCGUCGAGAGCCUAGUGCGUGCCGGUGUACCAGCUUUCCUUCUUGCGGCGCCACUACGUGCCUACACCCUCACGCACUCCAAGAUGGGGGAUGGAAAUUUGCGAGCCCACUACACAAAGACAACGAUUCGUGCCGGUGAGGUACUCCGAUUAGUAGCAGUCUUUCAAGACACGAGAAAAUACAGUGCCUUCGGCAUCACCGGUGGUACAGCCGAGAAAGAUCAAUACGCUCAGUGUUUAGAUUCUCACGGUCGCGAGGUCUUCGCGGCAUUAUCAUCGCGCGGUGAAUUUUACGCAAUAUGCCAGAGCAACAGUUCGGACACAGGAAGUGAUGCUGUACUCUACAGGGUGCAUCAUCUUGUGAAGCGGGCGUUGCCCCUCAGGGUACGACUGGUAGCGGGCCCACUUCCGGUGCCAUUGCCCAGGGAAUACGGUGGUCUCAUGCAACUGGAAACAUCGACGAGGGGAUCAAUUGUCCUUGGAUGCAUUGUACCUGAACGGCCAGUACAUAAUCCCGAGAUGCUGGAGCUCGUUGCCUCUGGUAAUGGUGCACCAAGAGUCAGACGAGCGACAUUAGGAUAUCCCUCUGAAGCUAGACUACUCACCUCCCCAAAGAUGCAACGAUUACUCGCUGCCUGCAGUCGAGCAGUUGGAGAUCGUGCGACAGAGCCCCGAGUAGCCCCCCAAAAAAUUCCCACCACAAAUUCAAGUGCUCCAAUUAACGAGGAAUCACGUGAGAUGCACUUGAAAAAGAUAAAGCCAAAAGCCGAGGCCAAGCCAAUACUCCAGAGUCUACGUGAUGGUAUUGAACAGUUGAAAAAAACAACAGUACGCGAGCGCAGUCAGACGCGCAAUCAAAAUUCGUCAAAUGGCUUCCUAGAACGUAUAACUAAACUGACACACGUCGGUGGACGCAACAGGAAUCCAGCCAAGAAAUCAGCGUCUUUCACAUUCGCUGUUAAACCGGAAAUUGUUGUCAAGGCCAAGGAGCGGUACUCGAGUUUAGAAGCGGAUGUCACGUCCCAGAAUCACCAUGCCAAUGCAAAAUUACCAGUUCAAAGAUCCAUUUCCACGAGUGUCCUUGAAGCACCAGUUCAAGUUGAAUUGCAACCGAAUUACUCGAGAGUCAGAGACAGUUUGAUGCCACUACCAACACCACCACCACCACCAAAACACACUCACAUACAACCAACGAAAACCGAUAAUAUUUACGCUGAAAUAUGUGAGACUGAGACAAGUAGUAAGGUCCAGGAAUGUCCAGGCAGUCAUGUCAUUGCCAGAAUUAAGAUUAUUGUUAAGAGUGGUGAGUCGUAUCUCGAGGAGAAUGAGCAAGAGGAGAGAUAUGCUAAUUCAAUGAUAACAACACAGCAGAUUGACUCUAUCAUCCACACAGAGGAUGAUGUUAUUUACAACACCAUUUUCUGA